UGUUUAAUGCCAACGCAGUGCGAUGUGGUAUUGCCUUGUCCUCAUGCGCGCAGUCAGAAGAAACCAGCCACCUGUACUUUUCUGCAAAAACACACCUUCCCAGGGUGCUUUGCGAAUAGAACAACAAAAAUGGCGAUUGAGCUCAGCGACGCUAGACGUGAUAAGAAUUGUGAAACGUCCAACAGAUGAGCUAAAGGAGCGACAAACCGCGCAGCACUGCAGAAAAUCUACCCCUGCGGUACGACUACAUCCCGCCUGACUGUCCGCGUCGGUUGACAGACAACAUGCCUUCCCCUAAAGCUAAAAACCCCGGUCGCAGCGGAGGAAGCCCGGUGCUAGGUAGCUCCAACGGCCGCUACGACUUCAUGUCGUUGACGAAGCCGCUGAACCGCUCCUCCCCGCCGCACCUCCUCCAGCGGCAGGGCUCCGACCCGACCACCGCCCGCCUCCGAGCCUCGGAGAGCCCCACUCGGCGCCGGGGCUCCAGCUCCUCCACGGGCUCGGCGAGCGGGCAGGGGCUGUCAGAAGAAGACGGCAUACGGCUUAACCCCUCCCUCAUCCGCGUAGCGCUCAGCUCCCUGCUCGCCAUCGACCUGUGGCUGUCCAAGCGGCUGGGGGUGUGCGCCUGCGAGGACUCCAGCUGGGGCAGUGUGCGCCCGCUGAUGAAGCUGAUAGAGAUAUCGGGACAUGGCAUCCCUUGGCUGGCUGGCACCGCUUACUGUCUGUAUAAGAGCGACAGUGCUGCAGGACAAGAAGUCAUGCUCAACCUUCUCAUGGGCCUGCUGUUGGACCUGGUCCUGGUUACCAUUGUUAAGGCAGUGGUGCGUCGGCGUCGGCCAGCGCACAACCGUAUGGACAUGUUCGCCACCUUUUCCGUGGACCGCUAUUCCUUCCCCUCGGGCCACGCCACCCGUGCCGCCAUGUGUGGGCGGUUCCUGCUGGCCCACCUCGUGCUGGCUGCCCCGCUGAGGGUCCUCGUCCUGCUGUGGGCCGGCCUGGUCGGGCUGAGCCGCGUGCUGCUCGGCAGACACAACGUGACUGAUGUGUUGUUUGGGUUCUGGAUGGGCUAUUGCCAGUAUAACCUAGUGGAGAUGCUGUGGCUCUCACCUCAAACCCUGCAAGGGCUGCUGGGACAGUUAGUUUAAUAUUAAGCACUGUGGGAGGAGGAGACAUGGCGCUUUAAAUCUUGAUUGUUAGAGCGCCUGCACCUUUCGACUUUUAAAGUGAUGUGUGAGAAACUGUUUUUUGACCAGAGAAGAAGUCCUCAAAUGCAGUUUUGUUCUGCUGUUAUCUGACAGUUAAGUUCAAAAGCCCACUUUCAGCUUGUUUCAAGCUUGCAAAAAGUAGCCUGUCUGUAAUACAUAGUAAACUCACGCCCAUAACUGCCAUGAAUCAAUUAAACCCCUUUUUAAGUCCAACAUUUGUUUUUGACGCUGCAAGUUAAGUAUAUUUUUGUUGCUAAAGGAGAGUUAGUUUCACAGUCUUCCCACUUGAGGAUUUGACUUAGAUUUAUUCUAUAAUUUUAUAUUAUAGACAUCAAAAAAUUAAUGCAAAUCACUUUCUUUGGAAUAAGAAUACGGCUAUCCCUUUUCAACUAAGCUUUAAGUUUAAUUAAGCUAAAACAACUUUUAUUUCCUCCUCACAUGACUGCGUCUGACAGGACGAGACAUUGCACACACACACCCUCAUAAACAUGAAUUUCACCGCUUUAUUUGACCCCGUCAUUCUCAUUACUCAUCAACCAACACAUAUCACGGAUUGCUGUUUCCUAAUUAACUGUGAUAGACCGAUUGACCUUGUUGUUAUCAGAUGAUAAUUAAAAACACCAGUCACUUACAGGCUGUUAUCAUGGAGUGUAUAGUUGUAAAAUCAGAUCUGUGUAUGCACGCUUUGGUGUUUCAACACCAACGUCGUCUUUUAAUUAUUAAUAUGUUUCCGCUUCUGCAGGGAAAACAGCUUUGACCUGAUUUGGAGGUCUAAGGAAGGAAAUGUCGUGAUUUUACAGCACAGUUUAUUCGAAGUCAGAGGAAGAAGUGUGUGGAAUCCUCUUCUCUAGGCAUCCACAGUUUCAAUUGUUGUAAUGAGGCUGAAGACUGAAGGAAAGCUGCCUUUUGAACUGGCUCCAGUCUGAGCUUUAGCUUUACAUCAACAUCUGACAGUAUAAAAGUAAUGAACCCUCGCUUCGCUAUAAAUAUGGCACUACACAAAACCACAGCUUGGCUCUGUUGAUGGUAAAGGAGUCGUAGGUUUGCUGUUUUGCUGAAGGAAAAUGGAAGACUGUACAUUUCCAAUACAUCGAUCUGUCUUUUCAGUCCUUUUCACUUCCUGUUAAAAGUUAAAUAACUUGAUAUGAAGGGCAAAAGGCGGAGUUACUGUGACAGAGAACAGCGCCUCCUGUAUGUGGAGUUCAGUUUAGUUUUGUCUGAUUUUCCCAACAUUUUGUAGAAUCCAUCUCUUUUCUACUACAGACUAAGCGCUUUAUGGCAUGACGGGAGCAAAUUUGAAACUAGCCGCGACUUAAGAUCUUUCGUAAAACUCGCAUUAUUCCAACUUUUGACGGGUUUUUGAGCUGCCACGGAUCCGCAUACCUUUUAUAAAGUAUGAAGCAAGAUGUGACUGAGGUAUAACUGCACCUCUGGGGAGCAUCGCAUGUGUAAAUACCCACAGUAUAUUCCGUUACGCCGCAAGUUCAUGCUUGCUCACUGGCUCUGCCUGAGGAGUUUAUGUAAUAAUGACAGAAUGGUAAACUGACUGUUUUUAUAUUGCGCUGUUCUAGUCUGACGACAUCUAAUUUGAAUGCACCCGAUUAAAAAACUUGGUCGUUUGUCACAUGAAAUCUUCAUAAAAUGACAGCUGGCUAGAAUUCUGCACUGUGAAAAUGUUCCUACAGACACUGGCUUUUUUUUUUUUUUUGCUACAGCCAUACUUACAGGCACUACUAGUCUCACAGAGACACCAGGUUAGUCAUUGGUAGACAGUUAAAAUGAAUUGUACCAGAAUGUGUAACUAAAUACGUCAUUUCCCGUCAGCGCCAUGGCAGCACUCAGUUGUAUAUUGACAUCGAGGUUGAACGAGGACGUGGGUUAUAAUGGCCUGAUGGGCUGCAGGGGUUCACGAAUCAGUGAUUGGAGUUUGAAGGCACGUUAUGAAACUGCAGGACGAGAGUUUUUACAGUAGUACAGGGUGCCUUAUAGCAAUGUUGAGACCCUUUGGCACAUUUCAGUGUGAGCUCUGCACAGUUUUGUGAAAAUGCAUGUGAAUAUAUAGAAAAUCCUUGCCAUAAACUCUCUAACAGCUCUAACAUGAUAUCACAUAUGUCAAAUAAUGGUUGGAUAGACUUCUCAUGACUUAAAUCUUUUGUUUUCAUGUGUUAAUUUUUUUAGCAUUCUCAGUUGAAGAUUCACAAAGGCAAUAAUCUGUGAAGGAAACGACAGCUGGGAGCCACUGAUCUGGUUCUGAAUCUUCAUGUUUAGAUGGAGACGUGAGCUUGUAUGUAUGUACAGCAUAUGUCCGGGGGUUAAUUUAGGUGCAUAUACUGUUUCUCAGAAGCGGUGUGGUUAAUGAUUGAGGUUGUAUGGUGGGCAGGGAUCCAACAUUCAUAUUGACCUUCGAAUGGCGCCAGUGGUCUUAAUGUUGUAACGGAUGGCUGCCCUCCUUAAGUCCCAUCUUUAUUGUUAAAUACUUCACAAAAAAUGAAUUGCUAAUAUUUUUCCAAAAAGCUGUGUUGAGCUGGGACUUUGCAAGAUUUAAAGAAAAGUAAAGGAAUUGCUGUGCAUGUGUUAUUGCACACAGUUCUCCUCUCUGAGUGAGUUUUGCUGUUGUGCUGGUGUUUAGGACAUGACACACACACACACACUUGGCACUGCCACAAAAAACAACACUUGUUAAUCUACAAGUGUAUCCUAAUUUUUAUGUCUGUCGGUCUGUUUUAAUUUGUUUAUUGAUUAGGAAUAUGAUCAGAUGUGUCGACAUAUGAUUUCUGUGCAAAUGUAUGAUGUGUCAGCUAUUGUUGAGUCUUUUUAUUUGACGGAAAGAAUGUUAAGUCUUUUGUGUAUUUGUAGUUUUUACAAAUAUCAUGCUUUUUAAAGUCACUCACAGUCGAGUCACUUUAUGUGGCUUGUGCCAGUCGGUCCACAGCAGGUCCAGGUAUCUGGUAUGAGCAGACUGUGCGCUGGAGCCCCACUGUAGACUCCAUUGACCUCUUACAUGCUGUGCCCUCUCUGCAAUAAUUGCCCAAUGAUCUUCCCGGUGUGAGCGAUAAGACGACCAAGUGAGGUGGUGGCUUCCAUCCUUUUUAUUCCUUUACCUUCUUUUUGCAAUCAACACGUGCUGGACCCUGAACUUUGUGACCAAAUAUUUUUGUUUUUUUUAAGAUUAUUUCUUGGGCCUUUAUUGGACAGUGACAGGUGAAGAGGGAUGGACAUGACAUGCAGAAACGGUCGCCGCCUAGAACCCAAACCAGCAAAGGUUGUGACAUGUGCUGGCAACCAUUCUGCUACCAAGGCGCUCUGAUCAAGUGAUUCUUAUGAUUGAUUUUUGUGUUGUUUUACAUGUUGAUAUUGAGGUCAUGCGGGAGCCUAAGACAAAGAUAUUUAUCACAGUGAUUGCAGAUUAGAUUUUGCACAUUCCACACGUCACCUGUUUACCUCCAGGUUGGGAAGCACCACCGCGAAGAAAGAUGCGUUUCAUUUGCUUGUUCGGCGCUCAGAGAUUGGCAGCAAAUGUCACUCUUGCUCUUGCACAUUGUCAAACAUGAAGCCAGCUUCAAUAGAUUUCACUGCACUGAGUUUUUGCCUGCUAAAUACUAUAAAUUGUAUUGUGUAUUGUUAUUCUUAAUGUAUAUAUAUAUAUAUAUGCCUGUACGGUGUGUCAUAUUUAGUGGAUUUGAAUGUGCUCUUCAAUAUUCCCUGAGGUGUCAUUCCUGAAUGAUUGAUUGUAAUGAUUUUUAAAUAAAUGGGUGCCACUACCCG